CUCGUCCGACUCGCUUCCUUUCCUCCACGCUCACUUGGGCAUAUGAACCUCUCGUUUUGUUUUCCCCUCCACAUCUCUGGGCGCUGAUGGGGAAAGCUUGCUUCAGCUCUAUCGAAUGCGCCAACCGAACUCGCAUCUUGCAAGAUUGGGACAUGCACAUGCACGUACAUGUACAAUCAAUCAUUGUGACAGUACUCCCCAAACAGCUCAUCCAUCAUACACAGGCCCGAGUACAUAUGUGCAUGCAUGUGUAUGUGUACCCAGCUUCCAAUACCUGUUCUAUAACGAUAGAGCCAAUACUCAGGACGCGCAUGCCCGAGGUAGCCAUCAGAUCAUCCAUUGCCGUAGGAAGCAUCACCAUCAUUGAGGUAUCCACCUCGAUGAUGUACAUGGCUCAAACAUGGCACCUGGCGCGUGCACUGCUUUCUCCGCCGCCCGCACCGCCAUUGACGCCCAUGUGACAGAUGUAGCACUGAAAUACUCUCCGGCGUGCCUGAUCUGCAGCGCCUCGGUUUGUGCCGGUCAAUCAAGUUUAGCAAUCAUAACUCCUAGGGCUGGCUGGAUGGCUGGCGGCACUUUUGCUCAUUAUCUCGACUGACGUCCCAGCAUAUACCUUGGUACGAACCUUUUCAAGGCUUCUGUCUACUUUCAUAUCCGAGGUCGUGGAGCUGCGUCUCAAUACAAUGCGGAGAGGGUGUUCCCAGUAUCAGCUGCGCGAUUGGAUUGCUCCAACCCACCAUUCAAUCAUCUCAGCUGUACUGACAUCUUAGUCUUCCUUCUCUCGCUCCUCUGCUUAGACGUGAGACCGGUCCACGCGGCUUUAGGACGAAACGAUCAUCUCCGUCGAUCAAUGUUGCCUAUUCAGUACAGCGGAACGACCGAGCACUUAGACGCUGACGACUGUAAUUUUCCAUUUUACGAAUGGGUGGUGCGCAAGUCGACGGAGAGCAAGGCUGAUGGGUUUGCUUAGCUAACGGUACGUACGUACCGUAGUCAGCACUCGGUCAUUCGUCGUAAGCUAGUUUCCGAGUCCAGCGGCCAGCCUCUCGGUUCCAUCCCCAAUAUCAACACCUCACUGGCUCAGCGAGACAAUACAUUGGAGAUGAUGAUUAUUCUUUCAACAGUCUCGAUGCAAUUCGCGGACUCCGCGGUUAUUCGGCUUCUUCUCACUGACAUACAUCUCAGGGCGUCGGGCAAAUACUUUUUUUUUUUCUUUCACAUGUGUGCAUAUCAACUGUGCGGCGACUCCGUCGCCACACCCUCUCAUCUCCUUCAUCUUCCAAUAACUAGCCACCCCAUCACCCAUCGUUGUAUCGCCUCUGGUAGUUAUUACGUGUUUGUCCAGGAUGUCGCCGUUUACUUGUUGCUCCAGCCCAACUCGAUCUAUCUACGAUAUGGAACCACAGGCUGUCCAAUAACCGUCCUUAUUGAUACGCGCCCUCGU